CCUACCACCCGAUUCGAACCAUUUAACUAGGAACAAAUAAUAAGAUAUUGGUCGCAAUCAUGAGGUUGACAACGGACCUGAUCCAACAUUCCCUCUCCUAUAUCAAUCCGUUAACAGAGCGUGAACUCGAUUUACGAGGACACAAAAUCUCGGCGAUCGAGAACAUGGGUGCUGCGCGCGACAACGAUGCCAUCGACCUUACGGACAACGACAUCGCUUUGCUUGGAAACUUCCCACUGAACCCCCGCUUGCGAACGCUUUUCCUCGCCCAAAACCGCAUAUCAAACAUCCAGUCCAACCUCUCCUCUUCGAUACCCUCACUCACGACAAUCGUCCUUACAAAGAACCGGUUAGCUGAAUUGGCGGACUUGGACCCUUUGAGUGGCUUCAAGAAGCUGGUAUACUUGUCGUUGAUGGGAAAUCCGGUCGCAAACAAGGAGAAUUACCGAUACUGGGUGAUAUGGAGGUGCCCUUCUGUCCGUUACCUUGACUUCGCGAAGGUCCGACAGGCUGAAAAGCAAAAGGCUGAAGAACUGUUUGGUACUGCGGAGGAGCCCACCGAGCUUGCCACACAGAUCAUGGGCGUGAAGUCCAAGGGCUUCGUAGUGGCCUCUCUUUCUUCUAGCAACGACCACGUCAAGGAGCGAAUCUGGACCGACGAGGAAAAGAAUAAGAUGAGGGCCGCAAUUCAGAACGCGAAGAGCUUGGCAGAGAUGGCCAGAUUAGAGAAGGACUUCUCAGAGGGCCGUAUACCAGCAUACGUACUUGAAGGUGGCGAGCCCAUGGAACUAUAGACUUUGACGUUUCAAAACAUGGACGAAGGAUAGAGAACAAGUAUUGGCGCAUCAUGAUAGCACGAUUAUUGGGAUGACUACCCCCUUGGCGUUCAAAUGGAGCAUUGGAUGGACGAAAUAUCAAAAUCUUUUCCAUGGCUUUGUCCUGGUAUCGUACAUAAAACGCCAGACCGUGCAACCAAACCGUGACCGUGCCUACCUUGGCAGUCAUAUUGAAAUGCAGAUUCCCAGAAGGGUAGAAGAUAAAGGCUUUCC